UUAAGCAAGCAAACUGUUUAUACCGGAGCAGAGCAAGUAGGUCAAGCAAGUGCAGCCAGUCCGGAUGAGCUACUUUGUUUUGCCCGCGAUAUUUAUUACGGCUUCUACUUUUAACAUUAUGUGCUUUGGCACCCUCAUUGCCCCAAUAUGUCUCUGUCAAAAAAGAGAAAAGUGGACGCAGAGUGCAGAGUGUUCCAAGAAAAAUGUUCAUCCUCCUAUUUAUUCACGGAAUUGAAUGGGAAAGCUGUAUGUUUGGUGUGUUCACAGCAUGUUGCAGUGCUGAAAGAGUAUAACCUUUGUCGCCACUAUGUGAGUCUUCAUGCCGACAAAUAUGACAACUUUCAAGGACAGCGGAGAAGAGAGAAGGUGAAUGAACUGUUGGCGGGUCUGAAGAAACAGCAGUCUGUGUUUACUCACAGCCGAGACAUCAGUGACGCUGCAGUGAAAGCUAGCUACCUCAUUGCUAAUGAAAUCGCAGUGGCUUCAAAACCAUUUAGUGAGGGUGAAUUAGUAAAAACAUGCAUGAUGAAGGCAGCGGAGAUUGUGUGCCCUGAAAAGCGCCAGGCUUUUGCAAAUAUCAGCCUGACAAGAAACACAGUUGCAGACAGGAUUUCCGAUCUUUCAGUGGAUUUGGACAGCCAGUUGAAGCAAAAAGUAAAGUCAUUUAUUGGGUUUUCAGUUGCAAUUGAUGAAAGCACGGACAUUACAGAUGUUGCACAACUGGCCAUUUUCAUCCGCGGAGUUGAUGACACAUUGACCGUCACGAGGAGUUCGUGGAGUUGGUGCAGAUGACAGAUACAACGACAGCAGCUGAUAUUUUCACCUCACUCGUCGGCGCGCUGGACAGGGUCGGAGUGGACUGGUCCCGCGCUGUCAGCCUGGCUACAGAUUGUGCGCCCUCAAUGAUCGGGAAAAAAGCAGGCGUUGUGACAAAGUUCAGAGAGAAAGUGCAAUCUGCAAAUGGAGGACGUGAUUUUUGGACUUUUCACUGUAUUUUGCACCAGGAGGCUUUGUGUUGCAAGUCAUUAAAGAUGGAUAACGUCAUGAAAGUAGUCAUCCAAACUGUUAAUUUCAUCCGAUCCAGAAGCCUGAAUCACCGUCAGUUUGACAGCCUUCUCAGAGAGAAAGACCACAUCUAUGGCCUGCCAUACCACACUGAGGUAAGAUGGUUAAGCCGAGGUGCUGUGCUUAGGCGUUUCUUUGAUUUACGAGAAGAAAUUGAACAGUUCAUGGAAGAAAAGGGCAAACCAGUGUUAGAAUUUCAUUCCGCAGAAUGGAUGCAGGACCUUGCAUUUAUGGUGGAUGUUACAGAGCACCUGAAUAACUUGAACAAACAGCUGCAAUGGCGCAACAAAGUCGUCACGCAGUAUUAUGACAGCAUACAUUCUUUCAAGUUGAAGCUGUCAUUGUGGGAGACGCAACUUGCCGGUGGUGAUGCAGCUCACUUCCCCUGUCUGAAAAAUGUGUGCGCGACCCAACAUGUGGCAGACAUGAUGCGGUUCAAAGAUAAAAUAACGGGACUGUUACGGGAGUUUGAGCAACGCUUUCAGAUUUUUGGUGAACUGGAGAAAGACUUCAACGUUUUUUGCUCGCCAUUCACCGUGAAUCCCUCUGAUCUGCCCGUCAGCAUCCAACUUGAAAUAAUAGACUUGCAGUGUGACUCGGAUAUGAAGGGCAAAUUUGCCGCAGCUGGCUUGGACACAUUUUAUCAGAAUCUCUUGCCAGGUUACCUCAACUUGACAGCCCUCGCUGCAAAACUGUUGUGCAUGUUUGGAACCACAUAUCUUUGUGAGCAAGUUUUCUCUGUAAUGAGCAUAAAUAAAAGAAAGCUGCGCUCAAGGCUCACGCACAAGCACUUGAAUCACAUCCUGAAGUUGGCUGCCACUCAGGAUGUGACGCCUGAUAUUGAUGCGCUGGUGAAAGCUAAAAGAUGCCAGAAAUCAAACAAUGCAGUGCAGCAAUGUGACAACUAUCCCCAAAGGGCUACUGCAGCUUCAGGGCAGUUUGAGUAGCAUGAUGGACAGCCUGUACUAUGACCCCAAGGUGGCAGAGCUGAUGAACACAUCAAUGGGGCAGUACCUCAAUGGCCACCCAUUCUUAGCCCUGGCUGUGUUGGUAUUCGGUGCCAUGGCCACUGUACCCAUUGGGAUUUUCCUGACUUUUGCCACUGUUACAUUCAUUGCUGUCACAGUGGGUUUCAUUUUAUUGGAGGUGUUACUGCUGUCCCUGGGAGGGAUCAGUCUGCUGUGUGUGCUCUCUGCUCUGGCCAUCCUCGCCAUCCUGGUCUCCUUGGUCUUCGUGUCAGUACGUACCAAGUCACUAGGUUGUAGCCUGCGACAAAUAAAACAGUCAUGGGACAAGAUAGAGAAGAAGAUGAAGAAUCCUAUGGGAAGCUCGAGGUUUAAGGAGCUGUAGCGUCAGUGAUGGAGAUGGCCUUCUACAGACACAAUCGUAUACUGAUCACUGCACUGCAGUCCUCACACUGGCAGAUAGGGGUUCCUCUAGACUCGAGAACUAGAGUAAAACCUCAGGUUGACUUUUUAUUAAAGGCCCAAUGCAGCUGUUUUUAUCUCAAUAUCAAAUAAUUUCGGGCUAAUAAUUAAGUACCUUUUAUUUUUUAUAAAUUAAAACAAGCAAAAAUUGCUUUUUAGGAAAGAGCAUAUUCUCAAGCAAUAAUUGUUUAGGUCUAAGUGAGGAGGGAAAAACUGAAAACUAGCUGUUAUUGUCUGAGACGUUUGGAACUCUUCUUCUUAUUAACUAAUUUACAGCCAGGCGAUGUCAACAGGCAGGCCACAUUUUCAGCCAACCAAAACAGGCUGAAAUGGUGUAUCGGUGGUCUUUUCAAACAGCUCUUACACUGAAAGGGCAUCAUUUUCACAAUUGCACAGUAUUAUUCCAACCUCAUAGUGUGGAAAUAUUUAUAAAACAAAGAAAAAUCAUGUCUUUGACUGCCUUGGGCCUUUAACAAGAAAAAUCUAUUAUCCAUACAGUCCAAUGGAAUCAUCACCAUUGAUACAAGUAUUAAUAUUUCUUUAUAUGAUUCUGGAGGUUGUAUAAUUGUAGACACAUUGAUUGUUGAUUUCUUAUUGUAUUGCACUAUAGCAUUUACACUAAUAUCUCUAUUUCCUUGAUCUUUCUAAGGAUUAAGAGAACAAAGAUGUAUAUUUUAUACAUGAUAAACCGUAGAAAUUCAAGCUGCUAUCGGUUGCUAGUCUGCAUGUCAGAUGUUACAUGCAGUGAAUGUACCUUGGUUUUUAUUUGUCCUCAUUUGCCAUGGAGAGGGGACUAAGCACCUGUAAUGGUAGAAAUUAUUUGUUGUUAAACAAAGCCCAUUUAGAACAUGACAGAUGACCAGGUAGCAGUCCAAAUAGUAUACAUGUUACUGCUACAUUGUAUUUGACAAUCUGUUUAUUUUGUAAACAAUGUGUGCAGUAUGCUAUAAUCCAUAUUGUACAUUUGCCAAAGAUUGUAUGUGUUCCUCUAGUUUUGAUCCACAUAGGAUUAACAGGUCAGUCUUUUGAUUAAGUUUAAAAUCUGUGGUCCAUUUGAACAGUGGGAGCUAGUUUCUGUGACUAAGGUCAUGUCAGUUUGUGUGAACCAGAAACACUCCAGAUAUACAGAAUGUAAAGUAUGCACUAACAGAUAGUGACUGAUGAUUUGUAUCAUCUAAAAUAAAUUGUUUUAUGUAUUCAAUUUAAUGUACCUUUUCUCUGAAGAUUAGUAGUGAGAUGUUACUUUGAUGGAAUGUUAAGUAAAUCACUUCAACUGCACAAAAUGUAUUUGCUCUAGAAAGGCCAGCGUCUCAGUAUUGUAAGACAUUUUCUAAUAAAUAUACAAAAGUGUGCCCAUUUGUAAUGAUUGACCCUUCACCAGAUUUGUAGUUCUUGUUAAAUGUUCUGAUAUGUCAUGUUUAAUGUAGACCCCAGGGAUAGUAGCUGCUGCUUUCACAACAGCUAAUGGGGAUUCUAAUAAAAUACAAGUAAUUCUAAGUA